CGUGACAGCCCUAGACUUUGAAGAGUAGCCAUGGCGAUUGAGAAGCAGCUCCACAGACUGUGCGCAGCAGCUGGCGGACAGCAAGAGACGGCACUGAGCCUUUUGAGCCGAAUUCUUGGGAAUUUGGUGGACAAUCCAAAGGAGUCCAAGUUUCGCCGGCUGAAUCCCAACAGCGAGAAGCUGAAGAAUGACCUUUUGCGACAUGAAGGGGCGCUUGAGCUGUUGAGUGCUGUCGGCUUUAAACCUACAGAGGAUGGGCAUUUGGAGGUGCCACCAGGUGCACCGACUGCUGCAGAGGCAGCCUUGGCAGCAGUGAAACGUGGAGCAGGCCACGGCGGCUAUGUUGCUGGCGCAAAACAUUCUAGCCAACCGGAGGCGGCGGCUGAAUUGGCUGUUCUGAAAGCGCUGCGCUGCUCACCUGAGGGCAAGGAGGUCUUGCAACUUGUGGAGCGCAUUCUUGACAACGUCCGUCGUUAUCCCAACAACGAGAAAUACAGGUGCAUCAACCUGGCCAAAUCUUCCGGGCACAAGGUGGUGCAGGCGCUGCCGCUUUUGAAAGCGGCAGGCUUUGAGGAGAUGUCGGCCAAUGGAGAGGAUUUACUCCAGCUUGGGCGUGUUCAUGUGGACUUGCUGGAACGAGUUUGGGCGAUGGUGUGGUGGGCUGAUCGCGGGCACGAGAUGAUCAAGGAGCUGCCAGGUCCAGACAGCUUGGGCUCACGUGCCCUGGGUGCCCUUCUGGGAAUGGUGGUGGGAGAUGCUUUGGGUGCUCCAUUGGGUGGUCAGGACCCAAUGGCUGUCACUGUGCAGGAGGUGGACAAGGCCCUGGAGAUGUGUGGCGGCGGCUUGUGGGGCGUGGCUCCUGGGCAGGUCACUGGUCACAGCGAAUUGCUCCUCUGCACCGCCGCAGCCCUGGCAGAGGCCGGUGGAGGCCCUGCCACGAAGCUCCCGAUGGAGGAUAUGGCGCUGCGGUACGGCAAAUGGGGCAAAUCUCUACCGUUCCGCGGUGACCGGUCUUGCCUUCAGGUCUUUGCCAGACCUAUGCCGGCCGAGAGCAUGGCAGAGCGUGCUAGAGAGGUGAAUCAGAAGUCGAUGAGCUGCGGGGCAAUGGUAAGGUGCCCAGCACUGGCCGUUGCAGCCAAGACACCGGAAAAAGCAGCGCAGCUGGCAAAUGAGGAUGUGCAGCUCUCUCAUGCGAAUCGCACCAUGGCCUUCGCAUGUGCAGCUUAUUCGGUAGCUUUGUCACAGUUGAUCAACGGCAAAGAGGAUGUCGAGCAGUGGUUGAAGAGGAGUUUGGACCGCAUCAAAUCUGGAAUUUCAAGCAAAGCUGCUGGAGGUGCCGUCCAGCCAAGAGAAGGCAAAGAUGAGGACUGUUGGGCUCCUCCAGGUGAAGAGUUGGUGGCCUGUGAGCAGGUUUUGCAAUGGCUGCGGCGUGCCAAGUCACAGGAGUUUUUGGAGGUCUCAGACAUGGCGGCGAGCUCGCUGCUGAACCAUGAGGUAGGCAAUGUAGAGAUUCCGUUUUGCCACGCCUUCAGACACCUCCACAGCAAGAGUUCCUUCGAGGAUGCAAUGCGCAAUGUCCUCGCUGGUGGUGGCGACUCCAGCAGCACGGCUGGCAUUGUGGGCAGCCUGCUGGGCGCUGCCUAUGGAAUUGAGGGCAUUCCAGAACGCUGGCUUCGUGCUGUUUUGUCUUGCGAUCAGAGCCAUGGACAACAGCGUCCGCCUGAGUACCACCCAAGUGCACUCCCAGAGCUUUGUGCCAAGCUGCUGCGAUGAGCCGCAGCUCCCAGGCAUCUGCAGGCAUCUGCAGGCAUCAGACCUUUGGCGUGAUGCAGAGUGAACUGCCAAGAUGAAAGACCCUCGUGAAACCAAAACAGGAGCAGCGCGAAGGUACCUGCGCACGAAAGCUGCAGAGCUCACAUCAUAAUUGCGGAAUGUUUAGGCGCAGACCCUAGCAGUUGGAUUGACGAACUACUGUAAGAACAUGCUGUGUGCUUAGGCAUCGAUCGCACUGAGAUUGUUGUGAGACCUCCUGCGAGUACUCUAAGUUCCGUCGUUCACCUGGACAGAUUAGGUUGCCUGGACAUUUGGUUGGAUUAGACGGUCCCGCCAACCUUUCCUUGUCCUAUCACAAGAGCUGGCCUUUUUGAAGGACGUUUUGCAGGCUGACCUGUCCAACCCAUGGUUCUUGCUGGUCAAGUUGGUGUGUCCACCAAUCAGCAGGCAAGGUUUCAAAUGACAAUUUUCGCUUGGCCCGGCUCUUUUUCUUUGGGCCGGCUUGUUCAAUCUACUCUGGCUCAUUCCACCCGAAG